CGCAGAACAUUCGACGAGUACAUUUCGAAUAAAAGAUGAAGGUUGACGUGGAAUUGAUGUUCGAAUGUUUGAUGUAUCUCAACGCACACUAUUUUCCAGUUUUGGUCAUCAGCGAGGUCUCCAUGACCGUGGCAAAGCACAUGAGCGUGAAACUUGGUACUCCUCAAAUCGACAAUGAUGCCAUGAUGUGUUCUACGAGACAUAUAUUCGAACUACUCAAGCUCAUUCUGUUCCAAAGGUACAAAGAGAAGCAUAGAAAACUGGUAACGACGGCAGUAGUCUUCAUGACAUUGGUGACAUUAGGAACAGUCUACUAUACGGUAUUCAUUCAGUUUCCUACUUUGACGUUGGAAAAUAUACUUUCAUCUUUAACAGUAAUGCUAAUGACAACAGAAAUAUUCUUUGGCGUAUGGUUCAUUACUUGUUACAGAAAAGUGGAAUAUUACUAGUAUGAGUGAAGAAUAAAAAUAUUUUCCGUUUUUUGUCUCA